UACCCAUCGUCCUCUGUCUUAAUCCCUUUCACGUGUUGGGUUUCUCUCAUUCUCUUCAAAAAUUCUGUCCCACACAACGGGGAAAAAAAAUAAAAGAAAUGGAUAGACGGCGCCGGAAGCAAGCCAAGACCACUGGCUCCUGCUCUGAAGAGGUGAGCAGCAUUGAGUGGGAGUUCAUAAACAUGUCUGAACAAGAAGAGGUUCUUAUUUAUAGAAUGUAUAAACUCGUUGGGGACAAGUGGGGGUUAAUUGCAGGCAGGAUUCCAGGGAGAAAAGCUGAAGAAAUAGAAAGGUUUUGGAUCAUGAGACAUGGACAAGUAUUCGCCAACAGUCGUAGACAUCAGCAAAACAUCUAAUUUAUGUUUAUAAGGGAAGAAUUGUUAUCUGCCUCUUCUUUCAUUUCUAAGGCUUUGGCUUUCCCUUGUAUGUCACCAGGUGGU